GAGGCAGCCAAGGCAGAGACCAGUGGAGCAGGACCAGGGUGGAAGGCGUGGAAGAGCUGGAUCCAGCUAAUCUCUGAGCAGCACCUGAGGCUCACCUUCAGCAGACGCUCCCAGCCCACAUCCCCACAGCCCCAGGGGCCAAGCCCUUUGCUGCCAGCAUGGACAUCGUGGAGAGGGUCCUCUCCCUGGCCCAGGUCAUCCAUGCCCAAUUUGAGCAGGUGAAGUGCUGUAAGCACCAGUGCCAGCGCCUCGUGGAGCGCAUCCAGAUCCUGCUGGAGCCCGUGAGGAUCCUCAGGGCUCAGCCACGACAGCACAUCUCCCACCACGAAGAGGAACUGCUGAAGAAACUGCUUCGGGUCCUAGGGGAAGCUGAGAAACUGGUGAUGAAAUACAGCCAGACCAGCUGGAUCCAGAAGUUCCUGCGAGCCCGCAGCACUGGUGAGGAGUUCGUCUGGGUGAACGAGAGCCUGGAGGACAUUGCCCAGGGGCUCUCGCUCCUGCUGCAGGCGGAGCAGAAGCAGGCUUUCCUGGAAGUUUUCCAGGCAAAGACGUGUCGCAGGCAGGAUGCUGAGGACCUGAGGGAUGACAGGGCUUUCUUGGACCAGGUGAUUGCAAGUACUGAGGAACCUGAAGAAGUGGCCGAGGAGAUCUACAUUGGCAGUCAGUGUGUGGAGAGCACGGUAGACUGGAUGCAAAGGGAGCUGAACAAAAUCGUGCGCGAGAUGGAGCGCUUGAAGAAGGUCAACGUUGGUAAAAGAGAAGACAUCACUGAGAUCAAGCGGGACCACCUCACCAUCUACAGGCACCUGCAGGACACCGAGAGCUACGACCUCUACGAGGGCGAGUACCUCAAGUACCCUGUUGCCAUCAAAACCUUCAAGAGGCCACUGACCACUGACCCAGUGAAGGUGAGAGACAUCUUCGAGAAGGAGAUUCAGACCCUGAAGAAGUUUGAGUCUCCAAACAUCCUGCGCAUGUACGGGAUCUGCAUUGAGGAGAACGAUGGGAGCCCCUGCUUCUCCAUCGUCAUGGAGUACUGUAAGCACGGGACGCUGCGGGAUGUGCUGAACACACAACAGCAUCUUUCCUGGGACAUCCGCAUUCGGAUGGCCCUGGGAGCCGCCAGAGGCCUUUACAGGCUGCACCAGACAGGGGAGAAAUCCCGACUCCACGGCUGCAUCUGCAGCAGCAAGUUCCUGGUGGCUGGGGAUUACUGUGUGAAGCUGUCAGGAUUUGAGCUGUGUGAAACAGAGUCAUCCAUCAAGAGGAAAGCCAAGAAGAACUGGAAACAAGUCUCUAUGCUGGCUUACAUCGCUCCUGAGAACAUGAAAGACAUCAACUACCCCUACAAGAGGCCCUGUGAGAUAUACAGCUUCGGGAUUGUGCUGGCAGAGAUUGCAACCUCCAAAAUCCCAUUUGAAGGCUGCACUCCUGAGGAGAUUGUGGAGAAAAUCUGCAACCACCAGUACUGGGACCCUGUUGGGGAGGAUUGCCCUGCAGACCUGCGGAGAGUCAUCGACCAGUGCCGGGCCUUGGACCCUUCCCAGCGCCCUUCUGCCGAGGAGAUCGUGGACUCGCUGGCUGAGCUGGAGAAAAGCAGGAGCCAAGGAAGUUAACUGUGGAAAGCAGGGCUGGGUGACCACGGGCAGCGAGCCCAGGGGUGCUGCUCACCCCCCUCCGCCCUCACAGAGACUGAUGGUUCAAUACACGAGUGUUGUGUCUGUGUGCAACCUUCCCCUCGCUGAGGGGCCACACCUGGGGGUCACCUCAGAGGCACAUGGGGGGCAAGGGCGCCCUGACAAGGCUCUGCCCCCAGGGGACUCAAGGAGGCCAGCAGGAAGCCUGGGGAGACCACAGGGAUGGGACACAGACAUCUCUUACAAGGACAGGCUGAGGGAGCCGGGCCUGUUACCUCAGGAGACGACUGAGAGGGGACCUCAUCAAUGUCUAUCAGUGACUGAAGGGAGGGUGCCAGAGGAUGGACCAGGUUCUGCUUGGGGGUGCCCAGCAACAGGACCAGAGGCAACGGGCAGAAAACAAUGCCCAGGAAGUUCCACCUCACUAAAUGGAAGAACUUCUUUACUGUGGGGGUGACCACGCACCGGGACAGAUCACCCAGAGAGGGUGUGGGGUCUCCCUCACUGGACAUAUUCCAGAAGCAUCUGGGUGCAAUCCUGUGCCAUGAGCUCUGGGACGGCCCUGCUUGAGCAGGGAGCUUAGACCCGAUGACCCACUGCGGUCCCUUCUAGCGUGACCCACUCUGUGACUCUCCUCUGCCCGAUGC